CGGAAGUGGUGAGGGCGGCGUCGGCGCUGCCGGGUAAAAUCGCCGGCCAGCGAAGAUGCUGCUGGACUUGUCCGAGGAGCAUAAGGAGCACUUGGCCUUCCUGCCGCAAGUGGACAGCGCGGUGGUCGCGGAGUUUGGGCGGAUUGCGGUGGAGUUCCUGAGGCGAGGCUCGAACCCUAAGGUCUACGAAGGCGCCGCCAGAAAACUCAAUGUGAGUAGUGACACUGUCCAGCAUGGGGUGGAAGGAUUAACAUAUCUUCUCACUGAGAGCUCAAAGCUCAUGAUUUCUGAACUGGAUUUCCAAGAUUCUGUAUUUGUUCUGGGAUUCUCUGAAGAGUUAAACAAAUUGUUGCUUCAGCUUUAUCUGGACAACAGGAAGGAGAUCAGAACGAUUCUAAGUGAAUUGGCACCAGACCUUCCCAGUUACCAUAGCCUUGAAUGGCGACUGGAUGUUCAGCUUGCAAGCAGAAGUCUCAGGCAACAGAUUAAACCAGCAGUGACUAUUAAGCUACAUCUUAAUCACAAUGGAAGUCAAAAUACGAAUGUCCUGCAGACGGACCCAGCCACCCUGCUCCAUUUGGUUCAACAACUGGAACAAGCAUUGGAAGAGAUGAAAACAAACCACUGCAGGAGAGUUGUCCGCAACAUCAAGUAGUACAGUUUUAAGCUUUUAAUCCCUUUGAACCAUUUAUGAUUGAUGAUGUACAGCAGUUACUUUUCAAAGUUAAUUUUUUAUUGAUGACAAUAAUUCAUCUAGAGUCCAUUAAAUUUCCUUUUUUAUUCUAGGAUGUUGAUGUCAUGAUCAGAAGCUAACAUAAAUGUUUCUUUCUUGGUGCUAAAUGCGGUCAAAUUGGCAAAUUAAGAUGUAUUUUAUAUUUCAAAUGUGUAUAGAGAAUUGAAUGAAGUAGAAAUGAAUCUAUGCUCUUCUUCUGUAUAUACGAAUGUCCAGUUUUUGAUACUUCUUUUGACUGCUUAACUUUAUUAUUUGCCUCCUUAUUAAUGAAAAUAAAAUUCACAGUAUAAUGCUAUUACUAUGCACAGUUUUCUAAACGCUUCAAUAUAUUUCACUUUUAAAAG